AUGUCCGGGGGACCACGUGAAACAUUCAAUGAUGAGCUCGAAACCGAGAACAUCUCUGACGCUUUACCUGCGGAAGCGCAAACAUUUUCGCCUGCGACGCGCCAGGCACGAGCGAGUUCGCUGCGAGCCGAAGUAGUGGAUCAGUACCCGAGAGGGACCGACGAAGCACACGAGCUGGUUACUGCAGGUGCAGCCGUCGACGAACCCGGUUCAUCGGGCGUGCCUCCUGACUCAGAGACACCCGCAGCAGACGUCUCUGGUUCACCUGCAGCUGGACAGGCCUGGACGAGCGCCGCACGGGUCGCAACUCGGUCGCCUCGAAAUGAAGUGGCGACGACGAGCACGAGGCACCUGGGGCAGGCAUCAUCGCCAGUCACGAGACAAGAUGCAGCUCAAGUACCUCUGCGUCGGGUUGAUGGACCAGGAGCGGAUAUCGGCCCCCGGCAGGAGGCGCUUCAUCAACGGAAUACCGCCCGGGAAGUGCUUUGGCCGCAGGUCGUCUCUGCAACUGCACUACCGCCUCGCCCGAUACCACCCCGACGAGGUGCCAUGGCGUGGCGAGCGCAACGACACUGGCCAGCGCUGGAGAAUGCUGCACUGAACAGGGGUCAAGGUCCAGCGUUGCAUCGACCAACCUGGGAAGUGGACGUAUUCCGAGAGCCCGCGGACGCACCCGAGAUUGCUGCGACCACUGAGGAUCGCCCUCCUCUUGAUCAAGUCUUUGCUGAGCGUCUCGUGCGGACUCUGGAGGAACUCUUCAACUGGCAUCAACAGGAUGACCGCGACUCGGAGGCGUCAAUGGAAGAUGAAUCGCCGGCUGGCGGAGACAUCUUCGCCCUCCGAGAAGUGGCGCUUCCGGAAACCGAAACGUCGGGCAUGGGCGUGCUUCAGUGGAGCAACCUCUUAGAUAUUUACCUCAGUGAUGUGCGGGCCUCGAGAGCGAUUAUGGAUACACAGGGCAUACCUUGGGGAAGCGACACUAGUGCACGGAGUGCGCACCAUCAUCAGCGUAUUCGUGAGUAUCCCAACUAUAUGAAUGUUGCUGACUCAAUGGUCGCUGCGCGUUGCGAUACCCGUGACACGAGAGCCCUGCAAGCUUAUGUGCUGGGUGGCUACGGACAAGUGCGUUGUCACCGAAGUCGAAGCGAUGUCCAUUCGCUUCAGCGGUGGCUACAUGCGGGUGCGCCGUGCGUUCCACCGAGGAGCACGAAUGAGCGCGCGGCUCGUUCUUGGAGCAAGAAGGAGGAUGUCUCUACUUGCCGGGCAGAAAGGGCAUUCUUGGCGCCUGGGAGCCCCCGACUACCUUUCUACUCCAUGGUCGAGUGUACGCGUCGAGUGCGUCCCUCGGUGGUACACUUCCAGUUGCGCCACCUGCUGCGUGCCACCAGUGAAGACGAUGUGUACUUGGUCCAGAAUAACUGCCUCCUGCACUACUGCCCUUCUCUGCAUCAGGUGCGCUGUUUGCUGAAUCUGAGCGGACAAACCGUAUACUGGAAUACGAGCAGGAUGCUGGGCCUCUCGACGACGGCUUUAUCGCGCAGCUUUCGAGAGCGACCGCCGACCUGGUACCAGGGAAGGCGCCUCAGUGGUCGCUGGUUGACUCGUGCUUCGGAGAGCGACUGGCGUGUGCGCACCGACCGGGAUGCAGGGGACGCGCAGGACUCACCCAUAGACCCCGAGACAGACGCAGAACACCGUGCGCUGUCCCCGGCAGACUUGGGGCGCUCUGAGCAAGCCGAGUCGCCCCUGGAGUUUUACCGAACACCUCCGUAUCGGAACGACGGACGAAGGGUGCAGGUCAGUACCAUGGCAUCCGAUGGACGGCUCUGUGUCGCGGGUGGCUUUUCUGGGGAAAUCAUUGCGGUGGAUGCACAGACAGGCGCAGUCCAGUUCGACUGGCGCGUUGCUCGCAAUACCGAAAACGCCAUCACCAACUAUAUAGAACUCUUUUAUCGAACAGAGGCGAAGGAACCGGGAUCCUUGGGCAGGGCUCGCCGUAUGGCCACCGCGCACAACGACUGCUUCGUGCGACUCUUCGAUCUGGAGCGCUGCGGCUGCGGCAGCGGUGAAGACGCUCCCCCUGCUGACGCACUGUUGAAGGAGGUACCCUUCCCGUGGCCGGUGAAUCACGUUACUGUGCAGCCAACAGGCUCGUGGCGUCAUCCUGAACCGGGCUCCUUGUUGGCUAUUGCGGGUGACCACACGGAGGUUUGGUUGGUGCACCACGAGUCCGGGGCAUGCGUCCAGAAGCUCAAGGGGCAUCGAGACUACGCAUUCGCAACAGCUUGGCAUCCGAACGGUAUCCAGUUGGCAACCGGUAACCAGGACGGGACCUUCCGCAUCUGGGAUGUGCGUCAAACGAGUGCCCCGCUCCGUUGUGUGUUUCCCGCGCGUCUCGGUGCCGUUCGCAGCCUGCAAUACUCGGAUGAUGGGCGUUUUCUCUGUGUCGCAGAGGUUGCCGAUUGGGUUCAUAUUGUUGAUGCAUUCGGGGGCUCACGCGAAACCAGUGAGGCGGACUCCCUCGUGGAUGCGUCUGAGGCGCGACUGUCCGGGAGCCUCUACGGCUAUGUCUGGGAGACCGUGCUCGACAUUUUCGGCGAAAUUGCUGGGGUGAGUUUUUCGCCCAUGCGUGCUGAGUACCUUUUCGUCGGGAUAUCUGAUCCAACCUAUGGCUGUUUAAUGCAAUACCGCCGACAUCGGGAAGCAUACAGCCUUUCGCGCUGGAUCGGUGCUUAG